GGGAAUGGUCACCUCCAGCUCCUCCUUUCAAGACUGCCUGCACAGCCUUUGGGUGUGCCAUGAUCUGCAGGGUAUCCACACAGCUUUUUGAAGCCACCAAGGUGCAAAACAGCUAAUGAUUAAACCUGCUUUCUCCGUUUUACUGCUGGAGAAAUGCUUCUGUGGCAAACACCGAGGAGAGUACAAUGCUCCUUCCACAUCAAAAGAGUAUGCAGACCCCCAAGCACCAGAGACUUUCUUUCACAACCCAAACUACGUAAACAAGAGUCAGGUGCUGGUGAGAAGGCAGUGGGUGUGCCUUGUGAUACCAGUGCAGCCCUCACAUCCCCAGGGACGCCUGAACAAAGGACGGUCUGAGAGGGAGCAGCAUCCACUUGAUGAGCUCUGCCUGUGUCCUGCAGGAAAGCUGAAGUACAUCCCUCCGGAGUGGAUCUGCUUCCAUUGCCAGCAUGGCCAUUUGGGGAUGAUCCAGUGCCCGGACGUGCUGCUCUACCACACAGUCUGUGGGGACCUUCCUGUCAGCAGCGAGGACAUCAUCCAGGGCUGGCUGUUCUUCACACCAUGGGAGUCCCAGGGUGGGCACCUGGCUUCAUGGCACACAGCAAAUAACAGGGUUGGGAGGGUGCAAGGUGGCACACGAGCAUCCCAUUCUUGUAUCUCUAUAGAAGGUAACACAUAUCCCUCUAUCCUGCUCUUCUCCAAAAUACAGAAUAGAUUAGGAUAUUUGGGUGCAGCUCUGAGCAACCUCAGUGUGGCCUGAGCACUGGGGGCGCUGGGGACACUGGGAGAGGGUGGACAAUUUUCUUCCACUGAUCAGCAGUUUCUGUCUUUUCUCCAUCUCCCUGGAGUGCCAUCACCUCACCACAUCAAAACAUCAUCACUCAGCCUGUGAGUUUGAAGGAAGGGGGGUUAGGAGAAAACACUUUUUAUGAGGAUGAAACA